AUGACGGAACUCGUUCGUGCACAAUCUGCACUUGUCUUGAGACCAUCUCAUACUGCGACGAUUUAUCGAGCACGAUCAGUACCAGAUCUUACUCUUUACAGUCGUUAUACAUCUGCCUGGCCAUAUCGUUACUACCGAAACUGGGAUUUGUAUGAUGACUACUGGUACGAUCGUUAUUACUCCUACAGUCCAUUGUAUCGUAGUACAUUUUAUCCCCGUCGUUACUACUAUACAAAUUACACAUUGAAUCCAUACAGUUAUUGGAACUAUCCAUACAGUUACUGGAGUCGUUACAAGGAAUAUUUGCAUAGUUAUCCAUCAUAUUACAGUCGUUAUCAUUAUUAUUACGACGAUUAUCCACGCUAUCGUCCUUCAUAUUCAUAUCCGUAUCGUUCAACUUAUUUUUAUUCGCCAUCUGAUCGAUACUGGCUUUCCUCUGUCUACUGGGAUCGACGUUUUAAAGUAUGUGAUCUUAGUUAA